ACCCUUUCUCCUCUUCCGUCCUGACGCUAUGGCCUCAUCGCCUCCGACAGCAUCGCUGAGCAACAAGCUCAUACGAAUCCUCCAAUCCCCCUUUAGCAAUCGCCUCAGACCCGGACGGCGCACAACUACCGAUGACUUGGAAUCUGGUGACGGAGAGAGCGCGAAUAUCGAACGAGGGCAUAAUGUGGCGAUAGGCGACGAUAAUGUGGGAUUCCUUACCAUGCAUGCCAAGGACGGUGUCCUCAUACCCUCACAGGGAGACUCAACUGCACCCCGAGCAAGGACAGGCUUGUCAAGAGACCCAGCUACCCCUGCCGCGGACGUGCGUUUGGGGACUGUUUCCUCACAGGAACCCUGGCGCGUCGGUGAUCGCAAGUUCCGAAAUAUGCCAGUAGACGAGGACGAAGCCUGGACUUGCAUGGCGACGCUGGUCUACAAGGACGACUCGACGACAUGCCAGAUAUAUCGCGAGGAGAUAGACACCCUUAUGGUCUUUGCUGGUCUCUUCUCGGGCGUCGUCACUGCGUUUAUUAUCGAGUCGUAUAAGUGGCUCUUGGAAGAGCCAGAGGAUCUCUCCGCGGAGUACCUGAGGCAAAUCCUUGCUCUCCUCGCGAACACAACGGUACCGACCAUUGUUCAGGCGAGUGGGCGGCCAACCCUGCCGGACAACAUUGUGUCGAUCAUCAACGGCUUCUGGUUCACCAGCUUGACGCUAAGUCUCUCCUCCGCCCUCAUCGGCAUCGUGUCAAAGCAAUGGCUUCGCGAAUACUUGCGUGACCCUGGGCUCUCUAACCAGACCAACCUUGGGGUUCGUCAGGUUAAACACGAAGGUCUGUCCAAGUGGUAUGUCAAUGCCGUCAUCACCUCGAUUCCCCUUCUGCUGCAAAUCGCGUUGUUUGUCUUCCUCGCCGGCGUCAACUAUCUCCUUUGGCAUCUGCAAUCAAAAGUGGCCGGCGCGAUAAGCGCCUUCAGCCUGAUCAUCUUGGUUUUCUUCAUUACUACCACGGUUCUUCCUGCGGUGCAGUACAUCCUGGCAUGGUUCGGACGCUUGCAGCUGCACAAGACGAGCCAAGUCCCUUUCAAAUCUGCGCAGUCUUUGCUAUUCCUGCAGAUGACCGUCCUCAUCAUGAACUGCGGGGCAUGGGCGUAUCAGACCUUCAUCACUUUGAAGGGCUUUCAGCCUGAUUGGACUUUUGUGGCACCCUUUCAGUCGUACGCUACUUGGUCGCAAUUGGACCUUGACUGGACUCGUCGUCGUGACGAGGCUGCGCGAUGGAACGACGAGCCAACGUCCGUUGGCCUGUGUGUAGGAUUUGUGGAGCUGAACUUCGAGCAUCGGCUCCUGCGUGAUUGGAUUUGGUGCUGCCUCUGGACUUUGAAGGAUUAUGCUGUCAACACCAAAUAUGUUCUCCAGUGCGUCAGGCGUAUCCCGACGAUUAAGUCCAAUUUCCCUUCGCCAGACCAAGAUCCCCUUGCUGCCGAGGUUUUCCCUCUCUUGAACUCGAGCGUCGUCUCGCAAGGCACCUCGGAGUUGGUGCUCCAUAUGUUGCUGGACUCGACCAGUGCAGCAUAUGUCGAGCAUAUCAUUCGCAUAUACAAUAGCUUGGGACACCUCGGAUUGGAGGACAUCCCUAUCCUGCUCUACGACAAGUUGCGUAACACCUUGCAAGCCAUGCCUGGAGAGGCCACCAACGCAGAAACUCGCUUGCAGCUAUUCUAUGUCGCGCAGGAUAUAUUGCGACGGAGUCGCCACACAGAGCGCCUUUAUGGUCCCUUCCUCAAGCUCAUCACGGCUAUCAUCGUCCAUCUGAGCGAAGGCGAAGUCCGGAAUGUAACGCCUGCGCUGUACUCUUCCCGUGAUCUCAGCUUGGAUUUCAGCGUCGACAUCUUGGAAUGGCUGGAGCGGUACCCCAAUGCCGGCGAGAAUUGGGGAGAAUAUAAGUCGCGUGUCAUUUGGUCAGCGCAGGCCGCCGUCUUGCUCGCGCGCCGAAUUGCGUCUUUCAAACCGCUCGUUGAUCCUGACAACAUACCGACAUAUCAUGCUCGCUUCCCAUGCGUCUAUGCUCUGGUGCAACGCGUAUAUACAGAGCUGCGCUCUAUACCUGCCGAGACUCAGUCGACAUGGGAGCCAGAUAAGCCGACCACGGAGAUAGAAUUCGUUCAGGUUAAGUUGGCUCUGGACGUUGCCCGUGAGGAAGCGGACGCCCAAUCAUCUCAAGCAGCUGCUACAGUAAGCUUGAGACCGACCGCGACAGUGGUAGAGAGGGCAGCAACUCCUACGAACGAGAGUAGGAUGUCACCGGAUCAUACCAGGCAGCGCGGCGUACACUGGAACGAGGAGCUCCUUCGAGAUGAUGUUACUGCAGACUUUUCCGUUGAGGCCACACCCUCAGAACCCUCUCCGAUCGACGGAACCAGAACGUUUCGACAACCUUCAAUCAGCCAAGACCCCGAACCAUUGACCCGCGGUAGCGCCGUACCAAGUACAGCUGGGCGAAGCUCUGACGAUGCGCCGCCCGCCAUGAGACAUACUAUAGCGAGUCGCGACCACGCUCAGACGACAGCGAGACAGGACUCAGGCAGCCUGACGGCUGUCAGCUACGACUCUGGUCAGAGCAAGGCGAGCCAGAAUGACGCACAGGCCGGAGCGUUCGCAAACCAGGAGUCCUUUUCAACGAUGUCUUACCCUUCCCGAAGCGUCUCAAAAUCCCCGGAGGGCAUAGUCGUCGACCGGGAUGCGCUGCCGUUAGCUGGUAGCGCGAAGGAUACGCAUUCGCGAGAACGCGAGUCUUCAGCGCCGUCGGGAACGAAGAUCGCUUCGCCUUUGCGAGCGAGCAGUUCGGCACCUAGAAUUGAAGGAGGUACUUGGCCUCCGCGUGUGAACGACCCGGUCAUUCUUCCCGAGUCCUCGCAAGAAGCGGAGCCUCUGCAGCACGAGAGUGAUGCCAUGAUUUCGGAGAUCAACGAAACUCUACCAUGGAAAGUCAACUUCGCCGACUUGGAGGGGAGUACUGCUUCUUCUCUUGGAAGACGUACCUCGCAUGCACGGAACGGCUGCAUCGAGCCUUCACUGGAAAGCGACGGACCUCCAUCCCCCGUUGACCAAGCAGGGAUGUCGACCGAUCCGCGUCCGCCUGCGAGUGAUACGACAUCCCGAGUGAGAACCAAUCCCCGAGACGUAGUGGUCGGCCAGCUGCUCGACGCGAGAGUUACCUCUCGUCUAGACGAAGGCAGGGAUAGAGGCAAUACGUCGAUCCGGAAGGGUCACUGUGCGCCUUCAGUUACGGAAGACGACCCGACGCUACUCUCCAAGGAGACGUCGAUCUCUCACCGAGACGGCACACUGCCUGCGAACAGGAGGACUUCACAAUCGAGAACCAGCGUAUGCCUCCCAUCACCCGACACCACAUCCCCGAGCUCCUUCUCCCGAGAGGAGCCCACACCGCCAUCCCCAAAGCGCGCUAUCCCGUCCCCGCAAGGCAGCGACUCCCCGCUCGAGCGAGUGAGCACCCCCCAGCCUGGCGCAGGAAAUGACCUUCCGCCAAGCCAACAGAGCAAUCUUCCGCCUGCCUGGACUGGCUCAAAACCACGCUGGCGGCUAUGAGCGGACACUAUUCGACAGUAGAGUCGAAGUGUUGGAAAGUAGGAACGGCUUGGCGGCAAAGGGC